UAUUGUUCAUUGUCUUCAUUAAAGGAAAUUCUAGUGAUGAAAAGAAAAUUGUAAAUUGAAAAGAACCCGAGGAGUACAAGAAAUUCAUUCCCACCCAGAAAGAAAGAGAUAACUUGCGUAUAUUAACGAUUCUGUGUGCCUCACUCUGUAUAUUCUCCCUCUCCCUUUAACAACAUCACUCCUCGACGCAAAGAACUUAAAUUAAAAUUCCCCACCCUGAAAAAAGUAAUCUUGAUUACAGUUGAAUGGUGCAAACAUAUGAACUGAAUAUUGAAUUGUAGAGAGAAAUAUUGAUGGGAUGGGUGCUCAGAAAAGCAUUCUUGCGGGCAACGCCAAGAUAGACUUCAAUGUUGAUUUCACCCACAAAUUAUGUGCUGCUUUUAUGUUCAACCCUUUCAGGAACAGUGGAAGUCCAUUAUCACUAGUUGUUGGAAGUCUUUGUAUAAAGCACCCAAAUUUAUUUGGUAAGAAUGAGAAGCUUGAUGUGCUGUGGGAUAAAGGGCUUUGUGAUUCCAAUGUCUUGAUUACUUGCCGAAAGACAAGACCAGAAUGGCUAUCACAACAAACUUUUGUUAUUCAGCACUCUAUUUCUCCUGAGAUCGGGAUCCAUGGCAUACCUGUGGACAAUUACUCUCGUACAGGGAGUGGAGAUGUGAAUCUUUGCCGCUUUUCUGCUGGUGUCGAUCUGAGUGAGCCUGCAAGUUCCAACUGGAGUAGCAAAACCAGUAUAAAGUUUGAGCAUGUUCGUCCAAUUAAUGAUGAUGGGCGUUCAAUAAGCAGAGACCUUCAUGGAUUUCCCGUGACUUGCAGUGGAAGUUGUCAUGAUAGUAUGGUAGUACUUAAACAAGAAUCUCGAUUUGCCAAGGCAAAUGACCAUAGUUUCACUCGGUUUAGUCUGAAAAUCGAACAAGGGAUACCAAUUCUUUCAAAGUGGCUGAUCUUCAACCGACUCAACUUUGUUGCAUCAAAGGGAAUAAGACUUGGACCAGCAUUUUUCUUAUCAAGCCUUACAGGUGGCUCUAUCGUUGGGGACAUUGCUCCUUAUCAAGCCUUUUCAAUUGGUGGGCCUGGUAGUGUGCGAGGGUAUGGUGAAGGUGCUGUUGGAUCUGGUAGAUCAUGUCUAGUUGCUAAUAGCGAACUGACAUUACCUCUGAAUCAGAUGCUGGAUGGUGCUGUUUUCUUGGACUGUGGAUCUGAUUUAGGCUCUGGUCGCCUUGUGCCUGGAAAUCCUGCUCUUAGGCAUGGUAAACCUGGAUCUGGAAUUGGUUUCGGAUAUGGACUUCGGUUCAAGUCACGAUUAGGGCACUUUCAGGUCGACUAUGCUGUCAAUGCAUUUCAGCAGAGAACUCUCUACUUCGGCUUCAGUAACCUUGCCUCGGGAUAGUUUCAGUAACCAAAUCAUUCACUUUUCACCCGUGUGGUCUUGGAUUGGAUCUUGGUUUCGUACAGUUUAGACUGUCCCUAAGUUGGAAGAUAGAUACCAAUCUUAUUACUGGAAACGAGUGCAGAUUUUCUCGAGAGGCACAUUCGACUAGCAGGUAUAAAGAGAGUUUUUUUUUUCUUGGCUUACUGUGGGGAACCAGAAGUGAAAUUUUAUCCUUGUCCCACUAACAAAGUUCAGAUUAUGUGAUUUUCCGUCUUGAACACUUCCUUGUAACCAUUUUCUUUCUUGUACACAUUGAUUUAUUUAGGAAAUUGAACAACUUGACAUUUAGUGGGAAAUAUAAUUUUAUUGGUGAAAUGGAGAACUUGAUUGAUUUGAUGUAGGA